AUGUUCCCAAAAAUUCUCAAAUGUAUUCCUGCUGUUAAAGUUGCAACAACUCUUCAAACGACGAAUCCGGUGCUUUUCUUGCAAGCGCGAGGUGUUAGUAGGCGCCCACAUGAGAUUUGUGCGCCUCCUCAACGUCAUAUGACCUUUUUUCAACACGCUGCACUUUUCUCUUCUUUGGUUCUUCUGAUGCUCUCAUAUCCAACUUAUCUGUUGUGCAAUCUUGACAAUCUCCGUGAUCUUCCACCGCAGGAAUUUUCUGACGAAGUGAAGGCUGAGUUGGAAGAGCGUAGGAAGCUUCGUGCUGAGGGCAAAUUGAACGUUUUGGUUGCUAAGACUUGA